AAUUAAACAAUCUAUCCAUAAUUAAUCUUAAAAAAACCAAGCUCAAAAAAGUCAUCAAACAAGUAUUUAUAAAGAAACUGAAAAUCUAAGCAUAAGGAAAAGAAGAACAUAAAAAUGGGAAAUGCUCUGAGAUUGUUGUAUGGCCAUUGCUGCAAGCCAACUACAGCAGAUGAUCAUUUUGCAGGCCACCAUAGCGUCUCUGCAGGCGUCUCCGCUCUUGCUCACGAUCUCUAUCAAUUCGAGAUCACCUCUCAGGUUCCUGAUGGACUAAGCAAGCAUGUAGUCUCAUCCAAGAAGGCUCAGGCUAACUGGUAUAGAAAAAUUUCGGAGACGUGGAGAGAAGCGAAACCUCCACCAAAAACACCUGAAGAAGCUUCAAGGCUUAUUAUUCAGACUCUCAAGAGGCACCAGAAGGCUGAUGUUGAGGGUUUAUUGGCCUUCUAUGGUCUCCCUCUGCCUCAUUCACUAGUUGAGCUUUCUUCUGAAGUGCCACAAUCUCGCCCAGAAGGACUCAAAUUCGAAUUGCAUACCCUCCCAGUGGAUGUAAAGGCUGUUGCCGACGGUGAUACAGUAACUGUGUAUGUCAGCACCAUGGAUCCAAGAGAGUCAUCUUCUGUUCCAAAAGAAGUUCAAGUUGCUGCAGCACAACGAGCUAAAGCGCGUGCCAAGAGGAACUAUCCAGAGGCCGAUGCACUUCACAAGAAAAUUACUGACAUGGGAUAUCGGAUGUUGCCAAUCAAUAACGAGGAAGUUCUAGCUAAAAAAUAUCGGAUUAGACUCAGAGGAAUAGAUGCGCCAGAAAGCAAAAUGCCGUACGGGCAAGAGGCCAAGGAAGAGAUGGUUAAAAUUGUUGCAGGAAAGUGCCUGAAAGUGCUGGUUUUCACUGAAGAUCGGUAUGGACGAUGCGUCGGAGACAUAUACUGCAAUGGCGUCUUUGUGCAGGAGUCCAUGCUCAAGAAGGGUCUGGCAUGGCAUUACACGGCCUACGACAGACGUCCUGAACUGGAAAAAUGGGAGAAGGAGGCUAGGGCAAAGAGAAUUGGCUUGUGGGCAUCAUCGAAUCCAGAAAAGCCAUGGGAAUGGAGGAAGAACAGACGUGACGGAAAUUAACCUAGUUCAUAGUAGAAACUGCAAUGAUCUCAGAUUAAUCAAUUGAGCCUGAGAACUUGGCCAUAAAGGCAUAAACCAGUUUCCUCAUCAUGGUUGAGACGGCCACUAAAACAGCAGUGUUUCCGUAAGACAAACGGUCAAGAUCAUAACAGAUAUAACCAGGAAAAGACGCAUAAUUAACAUUAUUGGGAUUAUUGGUGCCUUGUUUUUAGUUAGAUAUAUUGUUGCAUCUGUUUGUCAGCUUGUAUUAUAAAAAAAUUGUUUUGUAAUGAUUGUUAAAUAUUACUGACAUAUCAUCUCAACAGACUGAGGAAUGAAGUUUACGAAGAACUUUCAGUAUCA